AGCAGGGACCCCAGUCAGCCUCAGGUGGGAGCAGCAGAGCGAUGGCACAGGGACACCUCUACCCUCGACUCCCUCCUCCCCCCUCCGGACCUAGAUUCUAGCGAAGCCCCUGCCCUGGGAGCAUCCCUCCACACAGGCAGGGAUGAGAUCCCGAAACCAAGGUGGAGAAAGCUCAUCUAAUGGGCACUUCUCCAGUUCCAAGCCUGUCAUCAGCCAUGCAGAGAAUGAAAAACUUCAGGAGGAUGCCAAGAAAAAGAAUAAACCUCAUCGGAAGGAAGAUGAGGUCAUGGCUUCAGCAACUGUCAAACGGCACUCAAAAUCACCCGGACCUUCUGAACGAAAGAACAAGAAGUCCAUAGAGCUUUCUAAAGAGGACUUGAUAAAACUACUUAGUAUAAUGGAAGGAGAAUUGCAGGCAAGAGAGGAUGUGAUCCACAUGCUGAAGACAGAGAAAACCAAACCUGAAGUUUUAGAAGCUCAUUAUGGGUCUGCAGCUCCAGAGAAUGUGCUCCGAGUGCUACACAGGGAUGCCAUCCUUGCCCAAGAAAAGUCUAUAGGGGAAGAUGUCUAUGAAAAACCAAUUUCAGAGCUAGACAGACUUGAAGAAAAGCAGAAAGAGACGUAUCGGCGCAUGCUGGAACAGCUCCUGUUGGCAGAAAAGUGCCAUCGUCGCACAGUUUAUGAGCUAGAAAAUGAGAAACAUAAACAUACAGAUUACAUGAACAAGAGUGAUGACUUUACUAAUCUCCUGGAACAGGAGCGGGAGAGGUUGAAGAAACUUCUUGAGCAGGAGAAGGUCUAUCAAGCCCGGAAGGAGAAGGAACAUACAAAGAGAAUCAAUAAACUAAGAGAAGAACUAGUCAAGCUCAAAUCAUUUGCACUCAUGCUGGUGGAUGAAAGACAAAUGCAUAUUGAACAACUUGGUCAACAAAGCCAGAAAAUACAGGACUUAACCCAAAAACUAAAAGAAGAAGAAGAAAAGCUUAAAAUUAUUAGUGCAAAAACUAAAGAAGAUGGACAAAAACUGAUGAAGUUAGAGGCAGAACUUGAACACAAAACUUCAUCAUUUUCUCAAGAACAUGAGGAGAUGACUGCUAAACUGGGUAAUCAAGAGUCACAUAAUAGACAGCUAAGGCUUAAGCUAGUGGGGUUGACUCGCAGAAUAGAGGAGCUGGAAGAAACUAACAAAAAUCUUCAAAAAGCGGAGGAGGAACUUCAGGAGCUAAGAGAUAAAAUAGCAAAAGGGGAAUGUGGGAACUCUAGCUUAAUGGCAGAAGUGGAAAACCUCCGCAAGCGUGUGCUUGAAAUGGAGGGCAAAGAUGAAGAGAUCACAAAAACCGAAUCCCAGUGCAAAGAGCUGAAAAAUAAACUGCAAGAGGAGGAGCACCAUAGCAAAGAGUUGAAACUUGAAGUGGAAAAACUGCAGAAAAGAAUGUCAGAACUAGAGAAGCUGGAAGAGGCUUUCAGUAAAAGUAAGUCUGAAUGCACUCAGCUACACUUAAACUUGGAGAAAGAAAAGAAUUUGACUAAAGAUUUGAUAAAUGAGUUGGAAGUGGUAAAGACUCGAGUGAAGGACCUUGAGACAUCAGAAAGCAAGUUGGAAAAGGCUGAAAUAAGCUUAAAAGAUGACCUUACAAAGCUGAAGUCGUUUACUGUAAUGUUGGUUGAUGAACGAAAAAAUAUGAUGGAAAAAAUAAAACAAGAGGAAAAAAAGGUUGAGGGUCUAAACAAGAAUUUUAAAGUUGAACAAGGGAAAGUUAUGGAUGUAACAGAGAAAUUGAUAGAAGAAAGUAAGAAAUUUUUGAAACUGAAAUCCGAAAUGGAGGAAAAAGUGUCUAGUUUGACAAGGGAAAGAGAUGAGUUAAUUGGCAAACUGAGAAGCGAGGAAGAAAAAUCCUCUCAACUAAGCUGUAGAGUUGACUUGUUAAAGAAAAGAAUUGAUGGUGUGGAGGAAGUAGAAAGAGAAAUUACAAGAGGUCGAACCAGGAAAGGACCAGAGCAUGGUUGUCAUGAGGACAAUAAGAUUAAGGAACUCACCGUUGAAAUUGAAAGACUGAAAAAACGCCUUAAACAACUGGAAGUGGUUGAAGGAGAUUUGAUGAAGACAGAAGACGAAUAUGAUCAGCUAGAGCAGAAAUUUAGGACUGAGCAGGAUAAAGCUAACUUUCUUUCUCAACAGUUGGAGGAAAUGAAACUCCAGAUUGCCAAAACCAAAGCAAUAGAAAAAGGUGAAGUGGUGAGCCAGGAGGCAGAACUGAGGCACAGGUUUCGUCUGGAAGAGGCCAAAAGCAGAGAUUUGAAAGCAGAAGUUCAAGCUCUUAAGGAAAAAAUCCAUGAGCUGAUGAACAAAGAAGACCAGCUUUCUCAGCUCCAAGUUGAUUAUUCAGUUCUGCAGCAAAGGUUUAUGGAAGAAGAAAACAAAAACAAGAGUAUGGGGCAGGAAGUUCUGAACCUAACAAGAGAGCUGGAGCUUUCUAAGCGUUAUAGCCGUGCUCUGAGGCCCAGCAUAAAUGGACGAAGAAUGGUCGAUGUCCCUGUGACAUCCACUGGUGUGCAGACAGAUGCCGUAAGCAAUGAAGCAGCAGAAGAAGAAACUCCAGCAGUGUUUAUAAGAAAAUCCUUCCAGGAGGAGAAUCAUAUCAUGAGCAAUCUGCGACAGGUAGGUCUGAAAAAACCCAUGGAGCGUUCUUCAGUGCUCGAGAGAUAUCCUCCAGCAGCAAACGAGCUUGCUAUGAGGAAAUCUUGGAUACCGUGGAUGAAAAAGAGGGAAACUGGGGCUCAGGCAACUCCUGAUAAAGGAGCCCGGACCCACAGUAGUCCAGCACAUCCUGGAGAGGUUGUCCUUUCACCAAAACAGGGUCAACCUCUUCAUAUUCGGGUGACACCAGACCAUGAGAACAGCACAGCAACUUUGGAGAUAACCAGUCCAACUGCAGAAGAAUUUUUUUCAAGUACCACUGUCAUUCCUACUUUGGGAAAUCAGAAGCCACGAAUAACCAUCAUUCCCUCUCCAAACGUUAUGCCACAAAAAGGAAAAGGCAGUGAAAGUCCAAUGGGCCCAGAUCGUUCUAUGUCUCCAGUCACUAUAACAACGUUCUCCAGGGAAAAGUCCCCAGAGGGAGGGAGAGCACCCUUUGCCGACAGACCUGCAUCGCCAAUUCAGAUUAUGACAGUAUCAACAUCUGCAGCACCAGCAGAAAUCUCUGUCUCUCCACAAUCGCAAGAUAUGACCAUGGGAAGAGCUGUCUUCAAAGUAACACCAGAAAAGCAAACCGUCCCAACUCCAAUCCGCAAGUACAAUGCCAAUGCCAACAUUAUUACGACAGAAGACAACAAAAUCCACAUCCACUUAGGUUCCCAGUUUAAACGUUCUCCCAGUGCUGUACCUGAUGGUGCAAGUCCUGUGAUAACAGUGAGACCAGUGAACAUAGCAGCAGAGAAAGAAGUUGUGACUGGUACUGUCCUUCGAUCACCUCGAAACAACCUGUCCUCACGACCUGCAGCGAGCAAGGUGACAAGUACCAUCACUAUAACACCUGUUACAACGUCUUCCACCCGAGGAACACAAUCAGUGACAGGCCAGGAUGGGUCAUCCUCGAGACCUACACCCACCCGCAUUCCUGUGUCAAAAGGAGGCAGACCCCUCUUCCCAGCAAUACCUGAGGAGACUCAAACUCACAUCAGCUACAGGCAGGUUCACCAAUGGCACUGACAGACUGAGGGGGGGAAGAAGGUGGCAUUCUUAUUCCCUCCUUUGAAGGCUGUGCUGUUCUGCAUGAAGUGCUUCAGUAUUCACUGAACAGAAACAAGUGAGUGGUUGAGUGGUUAGGAUAUUGAACUAGGAGGAGGGAGCCCCCCUGUUUUCAUGUCCCUGUUCCAAAGGCUGCCUUUGAGCCCAGCCUUUUGUGAAAAAAAAGCUUAUAAGAUGAAGUGUCUGUGUUCGUCCAUCAUUCCAUCUGUCCUUCCCUGAUGAAUAACACUGAACAGAUCAACCAAUUUCAACCAAACCUAACAAAGCAAUAGGGGUCUUCAGAAUAAGAAGUUUUUCCAGUUUAAUGAAAAGUGUGGCAGAGAAGAGGAGCAAGAUCUUAGCAGUGCCCCACUGUGUGGAAGAGUAGAGCAUGAGCUCACCUUCAUACAGCAUCAAAGAAUGAACACAAGAGAGUGAUGUCAGAAGUACCACAAGGACAAGCUUUGUUCAAACCUCAGAUUUGACAAGGCAACAAAGAAUCCAACUCUGAUACACCAAUCCAUGGGAAAAUACUAGAGCCUUUAUUUAUAGGGCUUUUUUGUAUUCUACGUUAGUGGAUUAUAAUGCAGAUAACAAGCUUUCCUAAGUGAUCAUCUGGAAUCACUCAUCCUCAUAUUUUCUCGCUCUUACCUUUUUCUCUGUCAUUUUGUUUGGUUUUUAUUUUUUUAAUGAAGUGGAACAAUUUCAAUAGCAAAACACACUCAACUCAGAGUCAUAAUGAUAGCUAAAAUGGUUCGUCAGGAAACUAAGGUGGCUGAGAACCAGUCUUUGCAUUUUUAGUCGUUUUCAACAUCAGCUGGAGAGAUAUCCUGUUUUGGCUGAUGGCAUGGCCAUAUAAGCAGUUGUGAUAAGCCAAGCAAUGGAAACAUAGGACAGCAGUAAGGUGAAGAGGGGGAAGAGCAGGGAAAAUGCCAAUUCCUUCAUGAGCAGCACACAUGGACCGAGAAGGUGCACCCUCAGUACUCCAAGUGAUCUCUCUGAUUUUAAAUUUAGUUCCUAAUAAGUUUUUUACUGUGUUUCCUACGUUGGAUCCCAUCACCAGAAUUACUGCUACAUGUGAGUAUUGCUAAUGUAGUCAUUAGCAGAUCAAUACAUUUGAGUAAGUGUGACUAAAAAUGAAGGAGCACAGAGCUUCAACCGUCAUGCCUGAAGGAUUUCUCUCAAGAUUGGUAAACAUGCUAAGUUAAUGGUAGAGGAAAAACAGAUUUUCAUUUAUUUUGCCCACUGUUUUUCCUUUUGUGACACCCAUUAGUGUGAAUUUUGAAAAAUCAAACAACACUUUGUGGUUCUUCUGAAUAUGUCCACAGAAUCUGCAUGUUACUGUAUUUAAACCGCAAACCACUUAUGGCUAAUAGUAAUUAGGAUCAUGUGAGUAAUCUCUAAAGCCACAUUAAUAUAUUGAUUCAUGCCAACUGGAUGCCAAGUCAUAGGUCACUGCCUGAAAUACACUACUCAUGUUCAAAAACAUGCUCAAUAUUUACGUGAAUAUUCAGUAAUUCUGAUCAGAUGUGGAAGAGCAUGUCUUUAAAGAGAGUAAGCUACUGUCCUGCUGGGUUUCAGGUACUUGGCAUAAACCGCAACAGUCAGGACAAUUUUAAGACCAAUUAUAUGUUCCCAUCACACAUCAGUGGCCAAUUUCACUGAGUUGCUUUGAAAUACGUAGUUUGUUGGCAGGAGUUUCUGUGAGCUCAUCUUUCAAACUUGUUUUCAUUUAGGGGAAUGGCUUUUUCCCCUAACAUCAGUAUGAGUUAUCCUUAUUCCCUUAAUUUUGCCUGAGCUCCCUCAGGCAAAUUUAUAUGCAACAUUUCUCAUUACAGAUGUUAACUUCACUUUGAAUCUUACUCUCUACACACUGCUCUUCACCUGGCUUUUUUUUGAAAAUGCCACCAGGGUUAACUACUGUGAGGUUCAGAACUAUCAGCUCUGGGAGUCAGGUGUGAAACACUCAGGUGUGAAACUCUCAUUGGGAUUUUAAAAAUAGAAUUACUGAUGUAUGUACUCUUCUGUUGCUUGGGCAUGUGCUGUCUGUUGCACAUAGAUUUUUGUAUUAUCUGGUGUUACUUGUUUGUAUAUAUUGUAAGAAGAAAUUAAACUUUGUAUGUUAAAAUGUCAGUUUAUGUGCUUCAUUAUAUGAACUGGUAUCCUGAUGUGUUUCCUGGAGAAGUUCUGAUUUACAUCAGUGGGACUGAAAGCAGAUUUAGCUGUUUCACGUUAAUUGUCAUGAAAAUCAGUUGUUUAAGUUAAUUAAUAGCUCCUGGAACUAUUCACAUCUAUAAUGCUAAAAAAAAUUAUGUAAUCAUAUCAUUCUGAUAUAAUCAUAUUCCUACAGAGGCUGGUCCAAAAGAACUCUUACAAAAUGUGCCCUACUCUAAUUUUAGCUUAAUAGCUGCUCAGACACCUCUUUUAAUAACUACAGUAUGUGUGUGUGUGUAAUAUAUAUGUUUAUAUAUAUGUAAGCAUUUCAAAUACAAACAACUGAUAGACAAUUAUUUGAUUUUUUAAAAAUUGUUUCUCCUACUCUUAUGCAAAAUUGCUAUAUUGGGCCUGUAGGAGGAAGACUGAUUGAGAAACCUGCUGUAGUUUUGCUGUUCAUUCAGUGACUGAGCCUUAACAAGGAGUGUGAUAUUUUUCUGCUACCCAUUUAGUUUUUAGAAUUUUGUGUCUAAACUCCAUAUUAAUAUAUAAUGUGCAUAGUGAAUAUUAAGAAAUUAAUUGUUUCAUUUAGAGUUCACAUGACUCCCAUUGAAAUUAGGGGAGAGUUUGCCUGAGGUUACAGUCUGAUAUUAUAUAAAUGCAGAUUUUAACAUAAUAUUUCACAAGAGCUUCAAGCUAGAACAGCAGUGGUUGUAAGGUAAAUUCAUACAGUAGUCUGUGAUUCUUUCACAUUCACUGCUCAAAUAUGGUAGAACUGGUAUACAUAUCUAAGAUGUUGAAAAUCAUUUGUUAAUGAUAAAUUGUAUGGAAAAUAAAUCCUUUCACUCUGGGAAAUUCUAUUAUUUCAUUUGCUUUAACGUAUUUUCUUGGAUGUUGCCUAAGCACUGCUUUUCUGAGUCAGGAAUCACCAUCAGCACUGUGAUCUGCCAUCUAGUGGCAAAGUUCUGGCACUAAGAGUACAUGGAAAAUAUUUUCAUUUUUCUUUCUUCUUAUGAUGUAACUUAAACAUCUUGCAAAUAUUAGUUAGGAAGCAAACUGAAGCAGAAGUCAAUAAAAAUGUCAAAGGCAAUAAUGAUUUGAUUAGUGUCAUUUCUUGGGUCGUGUAAAUCUUGAAAAAUCUUAAGACUGUUAAAAAGGGAAGAAAUCUUAAGAAAAAUAAUUUCCUGCAUAAAACACAAUUUUUCAGAGAAAAAUGUCAUUGAUAGCUAAAUUCUUAUAUUAAAAAAGUGUAAGAGCCAUGUAUAUAGAAUAGAAGAACAGACCAGGUCAUUAGUACUUCAGCAGAGCCAGGGAUUAAUCAGGAUCAGGGACCUCCUAUAUUAUUUAUAUAAUAUAUAUAUAAUAUAUAUAAUAUAAUAUAAGUUAAAUCCAGCCUUUCAAAGAAAAGGCCAACACUUAGUUUUGCAUACUGUGGCUGAAAUUUAUCCCCAUUAAAGUCAGUAGCAAAUUCAAGAAGACUUGCUGAAUAAAUCCAGCAUAGGUUUGUAAGCCAAGUUUAAAUAAAAAAAGUGAGAAAUGACCCCAUACGUCUUCCUCAUCUCCAUUUCCGAAUUGCCAUCAGAUUUAUAAUGGAUUUACUUAGGGUACAAGACAUCCAACUCCAAGUCUUCCUUGUGGAACUGGAACUUUAGUGUCCCUGUGGUUUAAUCCGUUCAACUGUAUUUCUCUUUUCCCUAUGGAUGACCAAAUGAUAGUCUUGACAUUGAAGUGGAAGCCAGGGGGCUCUGGGCCCUAAAAAGGAACUAAUUUAGUUUCCCUCUCUAGCAUUAAACAGGACAGUUUUAUCAAGCAGCGAUGUGAGGGUAAGUCUGUGAGACGUUUCUAGAAAAAUGCCUAGCACUGCCACUGUAAUUGUUCUUCUUUAAAGUAACUUGCAAUGAAUGCUUUUGCAGUUUCAUAAACCCAAAUGUUUUGCUCUCUUUUCUUUUAGAGAGUGUCAUCAUUCACCAGUUACGCAUGAACUCUAGAUGAGUUACGGCCCCGCUAGAGCUCCCUGUGUGCACUACCCUCCGCGCCCGUGGGAUGGAUCACUGUAAAGCUCCCUGCCAUCAACACCAGGGUCACUUGUGCUACUGACUAUUCGUGGAAGUAUUAGUGCUUCCAUUAGAUUUUAUAUAUUUUUUUCUCUUGGUAGGGCUUUAAAAAUGAAGGGCCUUGCUGGCAUUUUGAAAGUACCUAGUCAGAGAGAGAGAAGCAGUCUUUCUGCCAGCUGAAUUUCACUUUUAUUUGCAAAGCCUAAGGCAUGUGCUUGAUUUUGUUUGAUAUUUGCCAUAUAAUUUAUUUUUAUAAUACACUUUGUAAAGUAACUGUCCCAAAGUUGCAAUUCCUGUUGCUCAUGGCGCAUUUAUUUGUAGAAUACACUGUUAAAUUUGCAAUUUGAUAUUUUUGUAAUAGAGAGUAUGUAAAGAAAAAUGUAACUACAGCAAUGUUUUGAGUUUAAAUGGAAAAGUAUUCAGCACUGCUGUAUGGAAUUUGUACUAUUGCAGAAUAUUUCUUGCACUGUGUGAUGGUUUGGCAUAAAAUUAGGUAUUAAAGUCCAAUGCCUUGAAAUACAACCAGAUUUGCUCAUUUUAAACAGUGUAAGCCAGUUUUUAAAGCUGUGAUUUUUUUUAAUGUAAAGUAUGUUUUUACUUCUGCCUGUACCAAAAAAAGGUUGAUUUUCAUUACACUGUAACUAAUAAAUUUUCACAACUAUGCAAAUAUAA